CAUACCCUAGAAGAAGAAGAAGAAAUUUUUAUUAUUAUUGUUCAUUAUUUUUCUGAAAAGUGAGAAAAAAAUGAAGUAAUUUUGGAUAUUGGUGUAAUUUUAACAAUCAAAUGGAUUAUAUUGCGUCAAGCUCGUAAUGAAAUUCUAAUCAUACGCUGAAUGUAUUCCGCAAAUAUAAAGAAAUAAAGGAAAAACCAUCAUGACUACGAUGCUAUCAAGGCACAAAUUUUAUUGUUAAAAUAAAUUUCAUUUCUGUGGAUGUGUGAAGUUAUAAAUAUCGAAAGUCUCUGCACAACUCCAGUAAAGUAAUUAUUCAUGUGAUUAGAUAUGCUGAAAAUAGUUUCCAAAAUGAAUGACGACAAUUGAUACAAUUUAGAGACUCAGCUAUACACAAUCUUGUGGGGAACAUAUUUGCUUAAUCUAACGCCAUUCCAAAACUACUGUGAAAAUGUUCAGUGGCACGGAAUCACAGAAAACCACAUUUCUGGAUAAGACCAAGGCAGCCAGAGAAGAAAGAGCUCUUGAAAAGAAACGCACUGAGGCAGCCAUUAAAAUACAAUCAACUGUUAAAGGAUUUUUGUGUCGCAGGCGUUUUCUAAAGCGCAUAUUACAUGACUUUGAUACCCUUUUCCCGAAUAAUUCUGCCGGCGAUGAACACAAAGAAAAAAUUGAGUUAUACGCAGCCUCUGUUGUGUAUCCGGUUUGUUUGCGUUUCUUGGCAAAUUAUAAAUUAUGCAAAGAUAAUGAAGAAACACGUGAACGCAUUGAACGUUUAUGUCGCUAUUUGAAUAAGUCAAUGGAAAGUGAUUCUCCCAAGCUUUCGUACGCCACUUUGUGUUUGCAAAAAGAAAAGAGCUUGGCAUGGAUAGCACACAUAAAGACUCUGCUUAAUUUCAUUCUUCAGCUGCUUCAGGACAUUAAACCAGAAAAUCAUGCAGAUAGCAUAUCAUUGGCUCUAUACCUGCACACAUUGGUGGUGUUCACUUCACCAAAAUCAUGGGGAAUUUUACGUAUAAAACAGUUUGAAAAAGUACAACCAGCAUUGCAGAAAAUAUGCUGUAAUAUUCAAGGCAAUCUUAUACAAAAUGAUUUCUUCAAAAUAAUGAGAAGUCUCCUCCUGAAGGGAACUGCACGCGAAGACCUUUCAUUGAAACCCGUUUCAUUGAUUGCCAUAAUGACUUUGUGCACACGUCCAUUGUUGGAUGGUGAUUUUUCACGUAAUAUAAUGGCUCAGUUUCUUAUUGAGAUAUUAUCAGUGCCGGCGCUGGUUUAUCAUUUGAAUGCUGUCGCUCCACAAUGCAUUGAACAAAUGUCCUCAAUGUGGAUUCUGAAACGAGCCUUAAACAUAUCGGAAGAUAUGAACUGGUUUAAGGAUUAUGGUUCCAGUAUGCCGGGUACCAAAAGUUUGGCUUUGUUGGGAAACAUAAUUAAUUUGUUUAAUAUAGAAAAUGUGGCUGAGGCCAAGCUUUUGGCUUAUCCCCUGUUGACGAACACUGUAACAAUGCUUUUUGAAAAUAUACCCAGCACAUCUUCUUCAAAGGGCGUGUUUACACAGUGGCAUGAAUUGCUAGGCUGGCAUACGCCCUCCAAAGAUCCAGCACAAAAUCAAUGUGUUGCCAUAAUUAAAAAACAAUUUCACAUGUUGUGGGCAUUACGUUGUCUACAGAUACUAUUGGGAGACCUUCUUAAGGAAAUCAAUGUGAAUUUUGAACGUAUUGAAUUUCAGGCACCCAGUCUGGCCUCUACAAGCAAUUUGUUGCGAAGAGCUCUUGAACGUAGUUCAACACGCACAAAUCUAAACAAAUCUGCCAAGGUUGCAUGGCGUAAAUUGGAUUCUCCGGAAGUAAUACAGGUCUCGCGUAUUUGCGCCAUGUAUUAUUCUGCCCUGAAUACCUUGUCACAACUGAAACUGGAAAUAUUGACCGGUAUAUGCUUUGUGGAUAAAGUAUUCUAUGAUUUGUGGUUGUUUUUGACUUCAAUGGGACCUAAUUGCGCUCUGAAGGAAUAUUUAGAAUUAUUUAAAUGUGAAGAUUUUCAAAAUAAGCCACAAACACAAAUGUUGAUGCUGUUUUGUGAUUGCAUGACCCACUACGUAACAGUCCUUGAUGAGCACGAGAUGUACACCGAACAGAAAUGUUUUCAACUAAACGAUUUUGUUAUGCUGACAUAUUUUUUAAAUAACAUUUUGUAUCGCAUCAUAAAUGAGGAUAUAUUUGGCAAUACCAAAAACAUCACCCAAUCCCCGGUCUUUGUAUCGUUGCACAUGCUAAUGUUGUGUCUCUAUAAGAGAGAUUGCCGACGUCGUUUCACCCCACCUAAUCAUUGGUUAAUACCUGAGGUGAAACCUUCGACGUUUAUCAAUGAUUUGGAAAAGGGAAAACGUCAUGCAGUCAUAUUAUUGCAAAAAAUGCCUCACAUUAUACCUCAUGAAGAUCGUGUUAAGCUAUUUAGAAAAUUUGUUCAAAACGAAAAGGCAGUAUUGGGUCUAACAGAAUCAGCUUGUGCCUCGCCACGUUCUGCAUUGAUAGUUGUACAUCGUGAGCGUAUUGUGGAGGAUGGUUAUCGUCAGUUGGCCGCCUUGAAACCUCACGCAUUAAAGGGAGUCAUACGAGUACGUUUCAUCAAUCAACAAGGUCUCCACGAAGCUGGCAUCGAUCAGGAUGGCGUUUUCAAAGAAUUUCUUGAAGAGACAAUAAAACGAGUUUUUGAUCCUGCAUUAAAUCUCUUUAAAACCACAUCAGACCAACGCCUGUAUCCUUCACCCAUAUCCUAUGUGCAAGAUAAUCAUUUGCAACUUUUUGAGUUUGUGGGUCGCAUGUUGGGAAAGGCCGUUUAUGAGGGCAUAGUUGUCGAUGUGCCAUUUGCAUCGUUCUUCUUAUCCCAACUGUUGGGCCAAACUCACCAAGCGCUUUACUCUUGUAUGGAUGAGCUGCCGUCAUUGGAUGCUGAACUCUACAAAAGUCUGACAUUUAUUAAACAUUACGAACAUGAUGUGGCCGAUUUAAAUUUAACAUUUUCCGUGGACCAAGAUGUGAUGGGUAAAAUCGUUACCCAUGAACUGCAUCCAGGUGGUAAAGGACGUGCUGUGACCGAUCACAAUAAAUUAGUUUAUAUACAUUAUAUGGCCUAUUUUCAUAUGAAUACACAAAUACGCGAACAGACUCAGGCAUUCAAUCGUGGUUUUCGUAGCAUUGUCAAUCCCGAAUGGUUGUCGUUAUUCUCACCGCCAGAAUUGCAGCGUUUGAUAUCGGGUGAUACGGUACCCUUAGAUUUGAAAGAUUUACGUAAACACACACAGUAUUAUGGUGGUUUCCAUGAUUCACAUCGCGUCAUUGGUUGGUUGUGGGACAUAUUGGCUAAAGAUUUUACCGAAGAAGAAAAGAAGCUAUUCUUAAAGUUUGUUACGAGUUGUUCGAAACCACCACUAUUGGGCUUUGCCCAUUUGGAACCACCUUUUUCAAUUCGUUGUGUUGAAGUUGGCGAUGAUGAGGAUACUGGCGAUACCAUUGGCAGUGUUAUACGUGGUUUCUUUACAAUACGCAAGAAGGAUCCCCUAAAUCGUUUACCCACCUCCUCGACCUGCUUUAAUUUACUCAAAUUGCCAAAUUAUCAAAAGAAAUCGACACUACGAGAUAAGUUGCGUUAUGCAGUUACCAGUAAUACCGGCUUUGAGUUGUCUUAACUCAACAAGUUUGGUUCGUCGUCAAAUGUAUCACUUGUUUUCAGCAGAUGCAGUUCAAUUAUAUUUGGUUUGAAACCCACAUAUCAAUAUUUAAUGUUCAUUAUGCUUUCAGUAAUUGAUUGUGUUUUGUUUGUUAGCUAUAGCUUUUUUUCAACUUCACACAAAUUUUUAUUUAUAUAUUUUGGAAACUAUUGGGAACUAAUUGAAAAAUGACGUCGUUAAAUAGAUUUCCAUAACUUUGAGAUUCAAAUAUUGCAAUUUAUAUGUAAAUCAUAUAUCGAAAUAAUUGCAACUUUUAUUGCCUGAAUCUUUCUUUUUCAGGCAGAUCUCACGUAUGAAACCAAUUAUUUUCCGGUUCUUAAUUUCUAUUGGAAAUUCAUCACAAAUCUAUAAAAGUAGAAAACUAAAGAAUAUCAGGAUAUAAUUAAAAAAUAUAUAUUAUUAUUUAUAAUUCUUCCCACCAAUGUGCAUCUUGAUUUUUGAGUUUACAUUGAUUGAAUUAUUUUCAAAUAAUUAUUGAUUUUGAAAGGCAAUUUUCAAUCUAUUAGGAACUGUGAUAUUGGAUUUUUUUCGGAAAAGAAAAAUUAUAGAUGGAUUGAAAUCGUUUGUUAUUCAAAAGAGUAUAUCAACAAAAUGAUUGGCAUUAAUUAAUUAUUUUUUUUUUUGAUUCUUAGUUAAAAUUUACAUAUAUUUUUUUAUUAAUUUUGCUCAUUUAUAUUCUAUCUUCAGAUUUUAACACUUGAAAUAUAUAUUGUGGUCAAUGUAUUAUAAAAGAAAACCAUUAUCUUGUAAUUAUACGCAUUCACAUAUACACACAUAAGUUGAACGUAACAUACACAUAAUCUUUAAUAUAUAUAAAUAUUUGAAAUAAACUUAUAAUUAUGUAUACACCGAACAUUUUUCAAAUAAAAUACUAAAACGCUGUGUUUGUGUACGAUAAAUGUAA